CGUGUGAUAUUGAAAUACAAAAUCAAAUUCGAAUCAAUUCACUUUAGUGUGUGUGACUGUGGUUUUGUGUUGGUUUCAAAGAAAUUCAAUUUACCGAAAAACAAAUUCUAUAUGCUAUACCAUAUAGUGUGGAAGUGUGUGUUUUGGUUAUCAGUGACCUUUUUAGGUAUUAUCAAAUUUGAGUGUGUAUAUUGAUAAGAAUACAAAUAAGAAAAAAAAAAUAGUAUUGAGUGUAUCUGUGGCACCACCAUCGACCAUCGAAUACGUCAACGGCAUUCCAAGUAAAACGAGACUACAAACAUUGUCAAUUCACCGGAUUCAGUGCAUCGAUAAGUGAACAAAGUAUCUUCCAGCGUGACGAUGGCAUUACUGCUCCGAAUGUGUUAAUAUUUUUAAUAUUUAGGAGAAACAAAUUAGUAUUAUAUUUAACAUAAAAUCAACAAACAAUUAAAUCAUGCUGACAAGGAGGAUCUCCUUGGCCCUGUUGCUGCCUAUACUCCAUAUUUUGAUCUCAGAAAACGAUGCGUUACCCCGGCCACAGUACUUGGAGGACAAUAAGCCCAGCGUUGAUUGCGGCGGAACUAACGGAGCGCCGCUGAUCACGCCCUGCUUGGAGUCCAUCCAACUGGAGGUCAGAACCUCCUACACAUUAAGAUGUGAAGCGGAGGAACCGGUGACCUGGUGGUACGUCGUCCACGAUGACGUCAUUGACACAGAGGAGUUCGACAACACCGAGACAGAUCCGCUGCGACCCCAUGGGGCCAAGCUGGAGCUAGUGGAUGUAACGGCGGAAAGAGUGGGCGCCUACUACUGUGUCAAGAAGUCUAAGCUGGAAAGAAGCUCAGAAAUCGAUGAGGACGCGAUGGUGGAGUAUACAAACAAUGAUGAUGCCGCCUCCAUUUAUGUUUACGUGAAUGAUCCGGAUCACUUGCUGGUUCCCUACGCACCCUUGGUGAUUGCCCGGCAGUAUACCAGCGUGGUGAUACCCUGCAAGCCCACGAUGCCGGACACGGAGGUUCUCCUUAUGUUCAACUCGGAAGUAACUUCCAGCAAGUAUGCAAAUCGGUACAAUCCAAUGCAGGGAUUCACCAUUGAAAUCAAGAGCAUCCUUCAUGGCGGCUAUUACGAGUGCUUGCCUGCGGAACCCUCCCCAGGCAACCAAGAGGAAGGCCUGAUCUUUGAUGUGCAGUUUAAGGCAUCCAGAUUGGAUAAUCCCAGUACCCAAGCACCAACAUCUACCUUAGGGUAUGACUAUGUCGAUGAGGACGAUGACGAGGUCCCUUCUGUUACUAACCAAUCGAAACAGGGUAAAGUAGAUCUAAUCUCUGGUGACGGGUUUGACGGAGUUACCUCCGAUUUCGAAGCUAUAUCAUGGGAUCGGGCGAAGCGUAGUCCCGCCUCGUCGUCCUCACCUCGGCCAGGGCAGGUCAACAAGUCAUUAGGCCGGCCCGAGAUUAAAUCUACUCUCAAUCAUCACGUCGAAAAGGACUCCUCUUUUACACUCACCUGCGAACAGACCGAAGUCAUAGAUGCAAACUAUCAAAUGAAAUGGUCUACUCCCAUCAAGGAUAUGAGUCGCCUUAUCAUCACCACUCCUAAAUUCGAUCACAAGACCAUGAACGCCACUCACCAAGUCGGCCGGAGCAUGUUGACGGUGGAGAAGGCUCAGAAAACAGACAGUGGACCCUACAAGUGCAUUGUGUCCGAUGGCUACGUUACUACCCACUACACUUACAAGAUGAAAGUACUGGAAACGAAUGAGACCUAUCUGAAGGUUCAGGAACCGACAUCUCAUUACAUAGUUGAAGGAUACGCGAACAAGACUAUCCAGAUGACAGCUAUCUUUGAGGGGUAUCCGAUACCAACAUUUUAUUGGCAUAAGCCCGAUGGAAGCGACAUCCAUCAGACGGAGCCCAAGUUCAAAAUCAUCCCAACGGAGUCGAGCACCACCCUGCAGAUCCUCAAUGCCCAGCUGGAGGACAGCGGCACCUAUGUCCUGCGAGGGGAGAACACCUACAACAGGGUCACCCGGCAGUACAACGUUAGCGUAAAAUCCGGACCGGUGGUUACUAUUUCGGAUGCCUACGUGCAGGUGGGUGGACAGGCGAAAUUGGAGUGCUACGUCCGCGGUUAUCCUCCGCCGAAUGUCUCCCUCAAUUUUUACCCCUGCAGUCUGAAGCCCCGCUGGCCCAAUUGCGACAAUGCCAGAGAGAACAUUGAUCUAACCUCCAAGAUGAGGCCCGGCAGAUUCAGUGUGGAAACCAUUUAUGAGGCCAUCUUCACUCCCACCAAGCCGGGAAUCUUCAGUUGCGCUGCAAUGAACUUCGUGGAAGGCCAGAACUUUUCAGCCAUUGCGAAGGCCCACAUAAUGCUGGGGGACAUUGCCAACAACAUGACUAUACAUGGUCUAGAUCUGAAUCGAAAGAUUGCCAGAGGUGACGAGGAGAACUUCACCUGCGAGGCCCUGGCCUAUCACUUCAAUGGCAAUCUUCAGUGGUAUCACGACGGCGAGGAGCUGGUCGAAUCGGAUGAUGUUAAAAUCAUAAGGACUGAAAGUCAGUAUUCCUACAAAAGCACUGUCCACUUUAUGGCCAUCAGCGACAAAGAUCGGGGAACCUACGAAUGCCGAGCUUACCACAUACAUCGUCCUUCCGAAUACGAUCGUCGGGAGGUUGACGUCUAUAUCCACGAGCCCCAGGCGCCGGUGUGGCAGACACCCAGUCACCCCAAGAAAUCCAAAAUAGAACGGAAACUGAGCCAGUCCUUGGAUCUGGAAUGUCGCUCCACAGCCGUUCCUCUGGCUACGGUUCGAUGGUUCAAGGACGAAAAGGAACUGGUCGAAACGAAUCUUACCCACAUCCUGGACGAUGAGUCAAAGCUAUUUAUUAGCCACCUGUAUCCCCGCGACGACGGUGUCUACACGUGUCGUGUGGAGAACCGAUUGGGCAGGAUCGAAAAGUCCGUGACUGUGAUCAUAACUGACCUUCCUGGCAUAAACAAGGGUUGGGUGUGGUUCGGAAUAAUCAUGUUCCUGUUCCUGGUCAGCCUCUGCGCCUUCCUGGCCGUUCGCUACCACAAGGAGCACAAGCGGCACUUGGCCCUGAAGGCGGCCGGCCUAGCCAACUUUGAGGAGGGCGCCGUGGGUCACAUCAAUCCGGAUCUGACCCUAGACGAACAGGCGGAACUAUUGCCCUACAACCGCGAGUUUGAGUUUCCGCGGGAGAACCUGAAGCUUGGCAAGCAACUAGGAGCCGGAGCCUUCGGAGUGGUGCUCAAGGGCGAAGCGACGGGCAUCCGGAAGGAGGAGAGAUGCACCACGGUGGCCGUAAAGAUGGUCAAACGCACGGCGGACAAUGAGGUGGUGAGGGCUCUCGUCUCCGAGCUGAAGAUCAUGGUUCAUUUGGGCCAGCACCUAAACGUGGUCAACCUUCUCGGAGCUGUUACGAAAAACAUUGCGAAACGCGAACUUAUGGUCAUUGUGGAAUACUGCCGCUUUGGCAACAUCCAAAACUUCUUGCUGAGGAACCGGAAGUGCUUCAUUAAUCAGAUUAACUCUGAAACAGAUCACAUCGAUCCCAGCAUAACGAUCCAGAGGGUUUCAGACAACUUUGACCUGCAUCGCGAUGCGAAUGGUGGUGGUGGCUUGAAGUAUGCAAAUAUUGGGUUCCCACACCACUCCUAUAUAAAUCACAUGAACUCGGUGUACAACAAUAACACGCACUCAUCGCCCCAUCGCAGAAACUCGGACAAUGAUCCCCGCUCGGGCACCCGAGCCGGACGGACAGUAACCGGAAAUGCCACCUACAGCUACGAUCGGCAAAUGGACACUUGUGCCACAGUGAUGACCACAGUUCCGGAAGAUGACCAAGUAAUGUCCAAUAAUUCUGUCCAGCCCGCCUGGCGUUCCAACUACAAAACCGACUUCACAGAGGCCAUGACGGUUACGACCGUCGAUCUGAUCAGUUGGGCCUUCCAAGUGGCCAGGGGCAUGGACUACCUGUCCUCCAAGAAGGUCCUUCACGGUGAUUUGGCCGCCAGAAACAUCCUGCUCUGCGAGGACAACGUGGUUAAGAUUUGUGACUUUGGCCUGGCCCGGUCCAUGUACCGAGGAGACAACUACAAGAAGUCAGAAAGUGGAAAACUGCCCAUCAAGUGGCUGGCGCUGGAGUCCCUAAGCGACCAUGUUUUCAGCACCUACAGCGAUGUCUGGUCCUUUGGCAUCGUCCUCUGGGAGAUGUUCUCGCUGGCGAAGGUGCCAUAUCCGGGUAUUGAUCCCAACCAGGAGCUCUUCAAUAAACUUAACGAUGGCUACCGCAUGGAGAAGCCCCCGUAUGCUAACCAGGAGCUUUACGAAAUCAUGCUGGAGUGCUGGCGAAGACAGCCUGAGAGCAGACCGCUGUUUAAUGCGCUAGAGAAACGCUUCGCCAACAUGCUGGGUGAAGACGUGGCUAACCACUACUUGGACCUGAACAAUCCAUACAUGCAGAGCAACCUGGAGUACAUGAAGAACCAGGAGACCGAUUACCUUGCUUUGAUGGGUUCCCCGGACGAGUUGGCACCCUCGGCUCCAAGCUACGUCAACGGACGUAUAGUUCCCGAUAUCCGCAUUGAAUCCGUGCCGGACGACUACCAGGCGAUGAGCCCAGACCAGGACUCCGAUAGCGAUGCUUGCACUGCCAUUUUCUCGCAAUCGCGCCCGGAAGACGGGUCCUCCGACUUUCCGGACUUCUCAAGCGAAACCACUUUCAAUUUUCCAGCAGGAUCGCGGCAGUCGCCGACGUUAAGUAACAACAUGAAUAAUGGGGCGAGUAAGUUGCUCCGCAAGAAGAACGGCGUGCCUACCGUGGAUGCAGCAGACCAAGCGCCCGAAGAGAUACCCAUGCUGCAUCGCCAGUCUGGCGGAUCGGACGAUGGUCCAGAUCCGGCGACGAGAUUCAAUCAAACACUGAAACAGCACUACGCCACUCCCACGCCAACGCCUUCGCCCCGCCAUCACGUGGAAACGAAGCUGAAUGGCGAGUUCUCCGCCUCCGCCGCCGAGAAUUACGUAAAUGUGAAGCCACCCAGAAAAAAUAUACCCGGAAAGUCCACAGUCGGCGGAGCGACAACGGAUGCCUUCUCCAAUCCGGGAUACCAGCCAUUGUCCAGCGCCAGCGAAAAGGAACAGCGAAGAUAUUAGAUAAUAGUAUUAUCCUUCGCAGCUCCUUUGUGGUCUCGUUAAAGGUUCAGUUGAAAAAAAAAACACAAUCGAUUGGGAAAUGAAUCCUAUUUUUAAUUAUUAACGAAAAUGUACUUGUAUAAAUGUUGUUGUUGAAUCAAAAAUUAAAAUUUCAACUUUCAUGUGAUCACUUCACCUGAACUGGAAAGGAGGCCUUUAGACAACAAUACUACUUAGUGGCAUUGUUUAGAUUCUGAUAUAGCUUUAAGAGCACAUGCCCCAAAUCUACUCCCACUCCCACACCCACUCAAUCGAUGUAAUACAUUUAUUAACGCCAUUUCAUGUGUAUGUUUAGGGUCUAGACAUAAGUUCUAUGUAAACUUAUCUAUUUAAUUAAUUGUCUUGAACUGUGUAUGCGUGUAUGUACAUAUAAACCUAAAACUACUCAAAUAUAAUGGGUAUAAUAUUA